AUGGAAGACUUUGGUGGAAAACCUGCCUCCCGCAAAUCCAGUCGGCCUGUCUCGCCUACGAAGUCGGUGCGCGACAAGCAUGCGAGGGCAUCGUCAGUGGGAAGCCCGGUCCGCUCGCCAGCCAAGUCCCGGCUCGGCGUAAAUCAUCACACGUAUGAUAUUGGAGGGAUCGCGAAGAGCAUAGCUACCACCAUCCGACCUGUCAACACCCUUCGGGAGAAUGACAAACUCAUCCUUCAAACGGAGCGCAUUCUCAACGCACUUGGAGAGUCAGACGCGACGGAGGAAGCUUUGUCUGCAGCUUGCAGGGAGCUUGGAAAGUUGUGGAAUCAUCCACACAAGCCGGUCACCGACAUUGUUGGACCCGCAGAGAGCGAUUCUCCCCUCGCCAAGGUUGACUUUGUGACGAGCUUGUUGCUUCAAUUGCACCACCCUCCUCCUCUUACCGCCGAAAAGAAUGCUCUCACAUUGUCAAGCCGCGGACAGCGCUCCGCUUUCAGUUCAUCGUUUGGUCGUCCUACUGCAACUGGUCGGGAAAUCCCAAUGCCCAAGGUUCUUCUGGAUUGGUUGGCCUCUCACCAUGACCCUAGCGCUCCCGACUUUGAGCUGUUCAAGAACAUGGGUGGCAACUACUCAUCUCGUCCUGGCUACUGGGAUACCAUCUUUGCCAGUGUGAUGCGGGGUAGUUUUGAGGAUGCCCUUACCUUUUUGAAGGGAGGAAACUUCAGCGUCGCAGAGAGUGCUCUCGAGGAUGGAUACCCGAUCCCUGGAUAUUCCGGUACUCAACUGGUCAAUGUCAACCGCGCCGUUAACCAAGCGAUUGAGGUUUUGGAGUCUUGCCCCGCCUACAACAAUGACGACUGGGAUGUCAAGGGUUCCGAUUGGAUGCUAUUCAGGCGCACCGUGGCGUCUACGAUUGAAGACCUUAGGAUUUUCUCCGAAGGCGAGGGGCAGCGCACUGACGAUUAUUUCAACGCGAGUGCGAGCCAGGGAGAUGUCUACAGCUUCAGCACGGCGAGCCGCAGGGCCGUGAGCCAGGUUCCAUGGGCUGUUUAUGAAAACCUGCAGAUUCUGUAUGAUCUCCUUCUGGGCAAGCCUGAAGAAAUUCUCCAGACUUCGUUUGACUGGCUUGAAGCGGUCAUUUGUAUGACGGCCUGGUGGGACGGAGAGGACGAGGAAGAUGCUCCUCAGAACAGCUUCGCCAUGGCCAGGCGGACGCUCCGUUCUCGUACUGCUGAUGCCACACCGAAGCAGGCUUACAGGCAGAGGCUUGGGGCUUCGCUCGCGAAAAUUCUUGCCGAAGACGACCCUGGUCUUACCAUCAACACCAACAACCCGGUUGAAGUUGCAUUGGCCUGCGUCAUGGAAGAGAAUAUGGAGGGCCUGGUGAACAUUCUUCGUUGCUGGUCCAUGAUGGCCACGACCGCUGUUGUCGAAGUGGCUAGCACUGGUGGCUGGUUGGGAGAUACGUCCAAGGAUCUCAUGAAGGGCUUUGACCAGAGCGAUCUCAUGGUCCUGAGCUUUGGUCAGGGCCACAAGCAAGGCAUCGCCAAGGACGACCUUCUUGAGCAGUAUGCCGAAUUGCUUUUCGGUAAGACUCAGGUUCAAGGGUCCGAAGGCUGGGAGCUUGCCAUUCAAGUUCUGGGUCGUUUGGAUCAUGCGGAUACUGCCAAGGACAGGAUUAGUCAGUUGUUGGACCGUUUGUCGCUCAGUUCGGCCGAGCGAGUGGACAAGAUUUUGGAUGUGUGCAACAGCCUUGGACUCGUUGAGCACGCGAACAUCAUCGCGGAGCGUUACGCCACGUCUUUGGCCGAGAAUUCGUACAACUACGGCUCCGCCCUCUUCUACUACGCCCGCGCCCACAACUCGAAGAAGAUUCGCCACGUCCUCGACCUGCUCAUCUCGCUCUGCCUUAUCCAUUCGAUGGCUUAUCCCCCGAAAGCGGACCUCGACGACCGACUGCGCUCCCUCAUCGACAAGCCCAAGCAGACUCUCUCGCAGUUGUCCCGGACGGAUCUCGACGCCGCGCACUUGCUGUCCAUGUACCUGAGCGGAUACGCGACGCUGCGCAAGUUUUACGAUCUACGCGACGAGGAAGUGAAUUCCGCCGAGGGCAAGGUUGCGCACCGUCCCGUCGAGCGCAAGCGCCAGGCUGCGGCCGCGCUCGUCGCCGUCGUCAACAGCGCAGCCGACAGCAUCCGUGGCGGACUGUAUGACCCAUCAGCCGACGCCAUCGUGCAGGUUGACGGCCUGCUGACGCUGCUCGGCGAGACCCUGCCAUUUGUCAACCAGCCAAAGAGGCUGCUCUCGCUCGUGAACCUGGCAACUCUGUCUCAGGCAGUCGAGGAUCUGCAGACGGCACCGUCGCUCGUCUACGCGCAGUGCGAGGAGCACUUGCAAGCGACGCUGGGACAGGUGCACGGCGGAGGUGCGGCGCCCACGGCGUCAUCGUCGGCGCUGCUGAAGAAGUCUGUUUCGAGCAGUUUUAGCAUGAUUGGUGGGAGCACGACUGAGGGGAGCGGCGUGCUGGUCGAUCGCUCAGAGGGAGCGUUGGACGCGAAGAGGGGAUGGGAUUGGCGGAGGGGGGUUCAGGGUGGUGCGAAGGGGAGGGAUGUGUGUGGGGUGUUGAGGCUGGGGAUUGCAAGGGAGGUGGGAAGGGCAUGGGCGGAGGGGGCGGAGUGGUAG